UACAAGAAAAUUCUAAUAGUUCAAAAUACAGUACUGAGAGAAAAAGUACUUUAUGCGUUGGAGGAUGUGGAGGUGGCAGCAAGGGUAACACUGUAACACUGAGUCUGAAACGCCUCUCCCUCUGGGCCUAACUCUCCGAAUGAAGAUAAGUUUUAAAUAUUGUGAUGUUGACGUAAAAGGAGGAACUAAUGCGCGUGGCUCAACAAUGUAGUCGGAUCUUUCCGUUCGUUGCACCACUGUAAACGGAAGCUUUGAUGACGUUUGCUGAUGAAGAUGAGCACAAGAAACUAAUACCGCGAACAUCGAUGGACAGGUCGAUUUACAGCUCUACGUAAAACCAUGGAUAGACCGCAAGUAAACAAGCAGGAGUCGUUAUUCGAUGAUGUGUGGGAUAAAGUGCUGAAUGUUCAUGGACACUAAGCUAAGUUAAAGGCUAGGCUAAACUCAGCGAGCGAGCACUGUGUACUGACUACUGUUGGGCAGAGGGAGUCAGAACAAAAUGAAGACUGAUUUCGUACAAACUUUUUCAGUGAGCUUGAAACACGGUUUUUUAGAAAUAAAAAAGAACCUUAUUUGUUCCUUUAGAGUUCCGAAGUUUGAGUUGUUGUUUUGUUUGUUUUUUAGUCCUACGGACUGUAAAAUAGCAGCUGCCCCAGUGAGUACAGCGUCUUGUUGAACAAAGUUUUAUACAUCAAAUCAGUGGUUUUCAAACUUUUUAUACUCUGUACCACCUGAGAAAACAUUGAGUACCACCAUGAGGACCAACAUUAGAAUACUGCAGCCUAGGCCUUCCCCGUUAGCUUCCGCCACAGGAGAGAUGUUUAUAAAUGAUUAGAAAGAUGUUUAAAUGUUGUAUUAAUUGUGCAUGGCAUGUUCAUGGUAAGAUUUAUUCAGUUGAAAAUGUAAAUGUGAAAAUAUGAAUUUUCCUCACGUACCACUAGAGAGCGCUCACGAACCACUGGUGGUACACGUAUCACAGUUUGAGAACCACUGCAUUAAAGCUUGUGAAAACAUAACUUAGAUCCACGAUGAAUGACGGUAGAUUAAUCUGGGUGUAUUGUGCAUUGAGUCUAGAAGGGCAAGGGUAUUUAAUAUAGAUCAUUAUUAUUAAUAUUGGUUAGUUAUCUAGAAAUCACCAAAACCGCAGAAUACAGUUGCUGUAACAGUAAUGCAGUCCAGGUAGGUGUUGUUAAAAAUUGUAUCACUUUUUGUACUUGUUUUUCAAAUGUGAUAUUUUGAAGUAUUUACAAUGGGUGAUCACUAGUUUUAUAAAAAACAAAUAAAUAAAUAAAAAUGAAUCAUUUAAGAUUUCGAAUCUUUGUCUUUUUUGUUCAAUGUGCCCCUCUGACUACACUACUGGACCCACUCAGGCCCCCCUCAGUGAAAUUGGUCAGGAACCGCCACUGCUUUAAUGUAUUCAAUUCAUCACUAUCGUGUUGCUGAAAAGUGUUUUGCUUUUAAGAGUUGCCUUUAUCUAAUCCAUAACAGUGAUUUCUUGCCGUGGGGACACAACUUAAAUCACCUCUUUGCACAUUUUGUAGUAGUAUUGAAUGCAGAAACACUAAGCUACAUUUAUACAUGGCUCUGUGAUCAGAUUAAUAUAAAACGUAAUGUUAUACAGUAUCAGAGUGUGAUGAUCACAACUAAAAUGAAACAAAGGUAGAAACUGCUGCAUAAAUUGUUUUGGAAUGUUUUAAAUGUCGCUCAGUUAUGUUUUUAAUCUGUGCCACACAAACUGGGUGCAAAUCAAAGGCAGUGUCCUUUAUCUACUAUAACUCUGUUCCAACGAACACUAAGAGUAGAAACGACAAUUGUAAAAUAAGAGAAGAAAAAGUAAUAAAUAAAUACAUUGAACACAGUGAUGCCACUGGAAAUGACAAAAUUCUAACUGCACUCCUUUUUAAACUAUUCAUAGAAGUCAUUACUAAGACGUUCUGCAAUUUUACCCCUGAGGUCCAAAAAACAAAAUAAUAGAGACAUUUGUAGAUAAUAUUAUAUUGAAAUUAUACGAACAACACAAAAUAUGGCAAAAUAGAUUUUUUUUUUUUUUAAAAUAAGUACAAUUUUACUUGGAAGACCGCAGAGAAGAUGUAGGAAACAGUUGUUUGGUUUGUCUACUUAGUAUACCCUAAGGGGCAAAGAAUGGGGAGUGAUAGAGGCAAAUUAUCUCUCAUAGCGCCCCCUAGGAAGCAGCCAAAAGAAAGAAAUAUAUGUAGGGUAAAAUUCAGCCGUUUAGAUUUUAAUUCAGUGGUGUAGUGCAUAGCUGUAUUGACACGUAAUGAUUUUAGAGUGAGCUGAAAUGAUGUUUUUUUUUUGAAGAGGGGUAAUAAUCUUAACUAUUAUUACUAGUAUUUUCUAAAGUUUUGUGAAAAAAAUUAGCGUAAAAUAACAUUCAUUUAUUUAUUCUAAGUACGUUCAUACGGUAAGAUUCUCUAAUGGCGUACAUUAGGAACAAAAACCUAUUUUAAUGCCAAAUGAUGGGGUGAUGCUAAUGCGCAUGCGCACUGACUCCUCUCUCCUGUCCUCUCUCCUCCUGUGAACAACCGACAGUGACCUCGGUUUCUGCAGCGCUACAUCAUAACUUGGCCUGGCACCGCGCUCACACACACUCUGUGCCACACACACACUCUCGCUUGAACUGCAGGAGGAAAACACAGGCUGAGAUGACCGCGCUGUUCGGGAAGGUCUUCGUGGGCGUGUAUGUGGAGAUAAAACGGAGUGACGGACGAAUACAUCCAGCGAUGGUCACAUCCCUGCAUGAGGACAGUGAGAGCGUGACUGUGGAGUGGAUUGAGAAUGGGGACACCAAGGGUAAAGAGAUUGACCUGGAGAGCAUCUUUGCUCUGAAUCCAGAUGUUGCUCCUGAUGAGGAGAUUCCACAGAGUCCUGAGCCUCCUCUUCAUUCCUCCAGUGUUGCCAAAGCCAACAGAGUUCCUAAGGUAUACUAUACCUCUAAUCACCAUCAUCUAUCUGUAAUACACCACCUUGUUUCACAGAAGUCACAAUAGUAUCAUGAUGUUUCCCAUUAAGUUUUACUUUGGCCCUCGACAGUCACAUCUGAUUUUGCCAUAAAAAACAAGAUACAAGUAAUGAUAAUAAACAGCAGUCCUCUAAUUUCUUAUCUCAAAAAAGAUAAAACCAUAGACCAUAAAUUACAUGUGGAAUUGGGAUCUUGAGAUAAAAUUUUUAGGAAAAAACCCUCAAACUGCUCUUAUUUGAUGAGAAUCAUGCAGACAAGAUCAAAUAAAAAAAUCUUACAUCAUCAAAUUAUCUUUUUCAACACCUGACCAAAAAUGAAAGGCUAAAAA